AUAGACUUGGUGAAAACAAGGCAAAGCAAAUGAAAACAGACGUAUAGUCUGUAUAUUUUUAAUGUUUCGAAUUUCCCGAAAUAUUCCUACUGCUUAUCGUGGUUAUUUAUCAUUACUUGCAUCUUAUAGGUCUAUAAUUAGUGCUAAAAUGGCGGAUAAACCUGUGGAUUUUACACAUGCAAAUAAUAUAGAAAAUAAGACUCCAUUUCUUAUCGGCGUAGCUGGAGGAACUGCAAGUGGCAAGUCAACAGUAUGUCAACGCAUCAUGGAAAAGCUGGGCCAGCAACACAAAGAACAGACAGAGCGACGAGUAGUGUGCAUCAGCCAGGACUCAUUUUACCGCACUCUUGCACCGUCUGAAAGACUCCGGGCGGAGAGAGGACAGUUCAAUUUUGACCAUCCUGACGCUUUUGACGACAAGAAUCUUCUGGCAGUACUGAAAGAUAUCCUGGCUGGAAAGAAGGUUGAGGUGCCAGAAUAUGACUACAUCACAAAUUCUAUCAACCCACAUCGCUCGCACACAAUCUACCCAGCGGAUGUAGUGCUGAUUGAAGGCAUCCUAGUAUUCUACUUCCCUGAGGUGCGGGAACUGUUUCACAUGAAACUCUUCGUAGAUACAGACUCUGACACCAGGCUCGCCAGGAGAGUGCCACGAGACAUAAUGGAGCGCGGCCGUGAUUUGGAGCAAGUACUCAAUCAGUAUAUGAAUUUUGUAAAGCCGGCAUUUGAAGAAUUCUGUUUACCGACUAAGAAGUUUGCUGACGUCAUCAUCCCCAGAGGAGCAGACAACUUGGUGGCUAUUGAUUUAAUCGUGCAUCAUAUAUGGGAUAUAAUGUAUAAGAAGAGACCGUCGCUCAACAAGAUUAUACCAAACGGCACCUGCAAUGGCACACAUGAAGAAGAUGGCACCAAUGGCAGGAGGAUGUCGGGCAGUUCGGAGGACACACUUAGUCGAUAGUCUAUGGUGACCAUAGAGGUGCGGAAAGUACCUCUGUUCCUAUCUGUAGUAGCUUUUGUAAGGUAUACUAAUGUAUUUUAUUUUAAGUACGAAACGUUUUGUGUUAUAUGGAUUCCACUAAUAAUAUAUAUAUAUGUGAGCUACCGAGAUAUAUAUUGAAAUAUAUACGUAGCAAUUUUUGCAUCAUCCUUAAUAUUAAAUGUAAAUUUAAUAUGAAUGACUUAAGUUUACUUUAUUGAUAAAAAUAUCAAAGGUCAUUCCAAUUUGACUAUAAAAAAUAUCGAUUUACCUUUUUAAAAUAGAUGGGAGGUGUUGCAAGUAAGAAAUAAAGUCAUCUCAUGUAGCAAAUCACUAUUCCUACUAGGAAUGUACUCGAAUUUAUCUCGUAAAGUCAUACGACAUAGAAUACAUUAUGCCUCAAUUUUAUGAUUAUUAAUAUACACUAUUUUAUAUUGUGAUUGUCUUUAAUAAAUCAAUGCAUUUUUAAAUACCGUACAAAAAAUAUAUGUCUCAGACAAAAAUGUAUAAUAUAAAUAUAUGUAAUGUUUCUUUUUAAUUAUAAAUGUGUGUUAAAUUAAAUUGUCAUCAAAUGCAGAAAUACCCAACAUAUAAAAUAAAUCCACUGAAUGUAAUUUUACGUAUUUACUUUAUUUAGUACUAGUUUUCCUGUAUAUCUACUUAUAAGGCUGAAGCUGCGUAGUUUAGGAAUUGUAUACCCUAUUGUAAGAUAAAUAUGAUUUAAUUUGUAAACAUAUAUUUAGAUAAAGCGACCGAAAGAUCGUUCUUCCCGUACUCCUUAUUUGCUAAGAGAACUACUUGUAUAGAGCAUUGUUUAGCUCGUAAACAAAUUUGAACUUUGUUUAUAUAGU